AUGGAACUAGUUCUCGCACAAGACGAUGCGAAUUAUCCCUACAAGACAUCUAAAGCAGAAAGAAAGUUGUUCACGAAUACCCUCAAGUGCACCGGUCAUGAAGCCGAAGUGCAUUGCGUUAAGUUCUCAGAGUGUGGAGAUUAUAUGGCCACUGCUGGAUUCGACAAAACCAUCAUGAUUUGGGAAGUGUUUAGCAAGGAAUUCAAAAAUGUCCUUGAACUCAAAGCUCAUAAGAAUGGAAUCCUUGAUAUCUGAUGGUCCCUUGAUAGUUCUAAAAUGUACACCUGCUCAGCAGACAAGACUGUCUCUGUCUGGGACCUUACAGAAGGAAAAAGAUUGAAGAAGUAUAAAGAUCACGAAGGAAUCGUAAAUUCAGUCCAAGCAGGAAGAAGAGGAGAAGAAAUAUUUGUCACCACUUCAGAUGACUGUACAGUGCGUCUCUUUGAUGAAAGAACCAGAAAAGCUGUAGAAGUCUUGACUCUCAAUUACCAGCCUACUACAGCUAUCUUUAACGAUACUAAUGAAUUUAUCUACUAUGGAGGAUUGGACAACCAGAUUAAGGCCUGGAAUAUCAAGACUGAGGAGAAGGAAGAGUUUUCUCUUCUUGGUCAUACAGACACUAUCACUGGAAUAAGUCUUAGUCAUGAUGGAAAAUAUCUUCUAUCUAAUGCCAUGGAUAAGACUGCAAAGAAAUGGGAUAUCAGUCCCUUUGUUGUAGGAGGAUAUAGGUGCUUAUAGAGUCGUAUAUUCACGAGACUUUAUUGUUUCCGAAUUAACUUUGAAAAGAACCUGUUUCGUUGUUCCUGGAGCCAUGACGAUACCUUAGUAUCUGCUGGCUCAUCUGACGAAUUUACUUACAUUUGGGACUCAGAGACUGCAGAAGUAGUUGAGAAAUUAGGCGGUCAUCAUGGGUCUGUAAACGAGACUGCCUUCCACCCUGAACAAUAUAUCAUCGCUAGUGCUAGUUCCGACAAGACUGUAUAUGUGGGCGAAUUUGAAAAAUAG